AUGGUGUCGAAAAAGCUUCCAUUAGAUCUGGAAGAAGAGAUACUCUUUCGAGUUCCACCUCGAUCUCUCGUUCGCUUCAGAUCCGUUUGCAGAGAAUGGAACACUCUUUUCAAGAAUAAGAGAUUCAUCAACAAAAACUUUGCUUGCGGUCGGCCAGAAAUCAUGUUAAAUACACAUUCACAUAUUUAUUCGAUAAGCGUCGAUCUCAAAGACGAAAAUCCAACUAUAAAGGUGCGUGAUUUACGCUUUGAUCAUUUAAGUUGCCGCGGUUAUCAUCUGUAUGGGAUCUGCGAUGGUAACUUCUUCAUGUAUAGCUUUCUUAAUGGAGGCGGAGGCGUUGUUUGGAACCCGUUGUUUUGGAGACAGACUAAAUGGAUUGCCAAGGCUGAGAAUACAUGUGGCAAGGCCAUUGGUUACGAUGGUAGUAGACCCGAAAAGAGUUACAAGAUUAUCGGAAGGAGUAGUUGUUCUUGGCAGGGUAAAGUUACUGAUACAUAUUCAGUCUUCGAAUUUGCAACCAAUGCGUGGAAGGUUACUGAUCAUACCCGUUUUCACGAAAAGCCAGAAUUAAUGGACGACUCCGGUAGGGUCUCCCUGAAUGGAAAUUUGUACUGGACAGCUUAUAAUUCUCCCCACACUGGUCAGUAUUUCAUCGCAAUGCUCGAUUUUUCGAAAGAGAUAGAAAAGAGUCGAAAGACCUUUUGUGUUUUACCGUGUAAGGGGGAAAAAAGUACUACACAUACUCGUAUCCUCUCGAUUUACAAGGGAGAUCGGUUUUCAGUGUUAGAACAAUCCAAAAAAACAAGGGAGAUUGAGAUUUGGGUGACAAAGGAUCAAAUUGGUAACGGGGAUGAUGGAGACGAUGUGGUGUGGAUUAAGUUCAUGACAGUCUCAAGACCUGACUUCCCCAUAUUACUUAGUUACAUCUCUACAAGUUACUUUGUCGAUAAUGAUAUCCAUGGGAAGAGCUUUGUUCUGUGUUGUCCUAGCAAGAGACCUAAAGCAGCUUGGGUGUAUAUUGUGAGGGGAGAUUUGUGCAAAAAGAUUAAGAUAGAUCAAGUGCUAUGUGAGUUUCAAUCCUCUGUCUAUGUUCCCAGUUUGAUCACCAUUCCUUGA